UUCCCUCACCAAUAAAUUUACUGUAUCAAAUGUAACGAUAACAAACAUUUAUAUCCAUUGCAAAUGACCUUCCUUGCCUCAAUUUCAUUUCGUUAAUCUCGACGAAACCCCCUUCAAUUUUCCCUUCCCAUCUUUCUCCACGUAUAUAUAUAUAUAUUCACCCUUUCUCCCUUCAUUUCUAGAGAGAUAUUCCUUUCCCUUUGCUAAAAAUCUUAGCUGUUUUCAUCGUUUGAAUAAACUGCGGUUACCCAUUUUGCUGCAAAUUACCAGUAUAUUUGAUUGAUUGUGAAAUAGUAAUUAGUAUUCAUCAUCAAAAUUCAAAUUGCAAAAUAGGUUUGAAAAUUUGGAUAGUAUUGUUGUUCGGCUGGUUAAUAGUCGGAGGUUUGGUGAAGUUUUGAGGCAAAUGUUCGUUAAAUAUGCCAAGCAUUAUUAGAGCUCCAGCUGCAAGGAAAGCUACUACCCUUACGGUAGCAGUGAAAUGUAGGCCAUUGACGGAUAAAGAAGGAGGCCGCGAUAUAGUUAGAGUAAAUAAUGAUAAGGAGGUUGUUGUUCUGGAUCCGGACUUGUCGAAGGAUUACUUAGAUCGCAUACAGAAUCGUAGUAAAGAACGAAGAUAUGCUUUUGAUUAUGCAUUUGGACCUAAAUCUACAAAUUUGGGAGUCUAUGAGAGAAGUAUCCAGUCUACGAUUGCUGGUGUUAUUCAAGGCCUGAAUGCAACUGUCUUUGCUUAUGGCUCAACAGGCAGUGGAAAAACAUAUACAAUGGUUGGAACUAAAGAUGACCCUGGACUUAUGGUUCUGAGUCUUAACACUAUAUUCAAUCGUAUCAAGAAUGACAAAAGCUCUGACGUGUUUCAAGUUACUUGCUCCUACCUGGAAGUCUAUAAUGAGGUAAUAUAUGACUUACUUGAGAAGUCAUCAGGUCACUUGGAGCUCAGAGAGGAUCCAGAGCAAGGAAUAGUGGUUCAUGGCCUUAGAUGUAUCAAGGUUAAUUCAGCUGAUAAAAUCCUUGAGCUUUUAAAUUUGGGGAACAGCAGGCGAAAAACAGAAAGCACAGAGGUCAAUGAAACUUCAUCACGAUCUCAUGCAGUUUUGGAGAUUACUGUGACUAGGAAACAGAGAGACAAAUACUCUAAUCAGGUUAUAAGAGGAAAACUGGCACUUGUGGAUCUUGCUGGAAGUGAACGAGCUUGUGAAACAAAUAGUGGAGGUCAAAAGUUGAGAGAUGGUGCUAACAUUAAUCGAUCUCUUCUUGCCUUGGCAAACUGCAUAAACGCUUUGGGGAAACAACAGAAGAAGGGGCUAGCUUAUGUUCCUUACCGCAACAGCAAAUUGACACGAAUUCUGAAAGAUGGGUUGAGUGGUAAUUCUCAAACGAUAAUGAUUGCCACCAUAUCACCAGCUGUCAGUCAGUAUCACCAUACUGUGAAUACCUUAAAGUAUGCUGACAGAGCGAAGGAAAUUAAGACACACAUUCAGAAAAACAUCGGCACAAUCAAUACUCAUGUUUCAGAUUAUCAACGGAUGAUCGAUAGCCUUCAAAAUGAGGUCAGCCAGUUGAGGAAGGAAUUAGAUGACAAAGAAACACAACUAAUUGCCAAGCCUACUGAAAAGGCCUCAGAUGACGAACUCUCUUGGUUGGACACGUUGAGCCAUGAAACCAGUGAAAAUGUCCAGGAUAGAAUAAAUUUGCAGAAGGCUUUGUUUGAGAUAGAGGAGAUGAACAUUAGCAACCGUAAUGAACUCCAAAAUCUUGAUGAUGGAAUCGCGAAACAGCAGGCUGUUGAAAAGGAUGGGGCAGUCGUGCGGGCUCUAAGAGCAAGACGCCAAGUCAUUCUUGAUAAUAUUCGUGACAAUGAUGAGCUCAGUAACAAUUAUCUGAAGGAAAUUGAAGCAAAUGAGAAACGAAGGUGUGAACUCCAAGCUAUGAUUGAUGAAGCUAUUAGCAAUAAUGGAAACAAGACUUACUUGAGAGUUCUCAGUCAAUACAGGCUCUUGGGAAUUGCUAAUACUGAGCUUCAGCUUGAAAUAGCGAUGAGAGAUCAAAUACUCCACAAUCAAAGGGAAGCACAAAAGAAUCUGUGGAAUUUACUCCUUAGUUUAGGCCUUGAUGAAAAGCAGAUAACAGAUCUUGCUCUUAAACAAGGAAUAACUAUUGAAGACUGGACAAUGACUGGCCAAAUUCAAUUAUCUGAUAGAAGACAGUCACCAAACACAGGAAAUGGAACAUAUACAACCUUAUCUUCCUCUCCGCCAACUUUUCAGCUUGGUGCUAACGUGCCACUUGAACAAUACUUCUGUUCUAUGCCAAUUUCAUUGAGAAAUCGGAGAUCACCGCAUAUCAAUUGCAGAGGUGAAGACAACAGUUCUUGUCAUUUGCAUGACUGCUCUCCAUCAGAAAGUAGGACACUGAACGAAGACGAAAGUUGUUUCAAAGAUGGGACUUCUUCACUACAUGAAGUUCCUAGUAGGCGUCCUCUUGAAUAUUGCAGUUCAUAUCCUCCACCAACAAGAAACCAAUUUUCUUCAUGCAGUGAAAGUGGCAUAUCAAUGACACCUUCCCAUGUGGAUUUCGCGCAGCAGCAGCUGGAUGUCCAGUCAAGCUCUAUCAGGCAGCAAAUAUGGCCAAGCUACCAUGCUGAAAUAAGUAGCAGCGGUUACUUUCACCAUAGGGUAUCAAGGCAAGGUCGGUUUCAUAGUAGCCCCUUAACCCAGAACUUCACAUCGGUCAACUCUAAUCACGUGCUUCCUAAACUUGGGCAAUUUAACUUGCAAGAGAUGCAGGUGCUUCCUUCCUGUGAUUCAACCACUUAAGUUUCAUUUAGUUCCAAUAGCGGCGAAGCUCAGUCAGCAAGAUUUGUUUAAACAGUCUAUUCUUUCAUUUGAUUCCUUUUUCAAUUUUCCCCUCCAAUUGUACAUAAUAUAGUAUUAGAGGUUGUAUAGCCAUUUAGUUGAUCCAGUAGUUGGCGUAGAUUAUUCAAUUAAUUCUCGUCUUUUAAUGAAGUAAAGAAUGUAAUUGUGCUGCUGCAGCGCAUACUUAAGUAGUGUGAGCAUUUGAAAGUUGUUGGCUGUUGAUGAAGCAGUUAAAAGUGAAUUACCGAGUGAAUUUUCUGCGAAGCUCAUGGAGACACAAUGACUUAAAA